ACGUGGACACGGAAGUGGUCGUCGCCGCGGCGGCACCGGUGGGAACGGGGCGCGGUGCUCGGAGUGCGGCCGGCAGGCGGGCGGCAGCGACCUCACGGCGGCAGCGGCGGCGGCGAGGCGCAGGCGUUGUCUCUUAGGUCCCGUUCCGCUGAACCGACGACGCCUUCUGAGCCCCGCACGCCUGUGGAUCGGAGCCCGGAGUCGGGGCCCGCUCAGCCGGUGUCACCAUGACCAAGACGGGCAGCAAGGGCGGGAACCUCCGCGACAAGCUGGACGGCAACGAGCUGGACCUGAGCCUCAGCGACCUGAAUGAGGUCCCCGUCAAGGAGCUGGCUGCGCUUCCAAAGGCCACCAUACUGGAUCUGUCCUGCAAUAAACUGAGCACUCUGCCGUCGGAUUUCUGUGGCCUCACGCACCUGGUGAAGUUGGACCUCAGCAAGAACAAGCUGCAACAGCUGCCGGCGGACUUUGGUCGCCUGGUCAACCUCCAGCACCUGGAUCUCCUCAACAAUAGGCUGGUCACUCUGCCUGUCAGCUUCGCGCAGCUCAAAAACCUGAAGUGGCUGGACCUGAAGGACAACCCCCUGGAUCCUGUGCUGGCCAAAGUAGCAGGCGAUUGCUUGGAUGAGAAGCAGUGUAAGCAGUGUGCAAACAAGGUGUUACAGCACAUGAAGGCUGUGCAGGCCGACCAGGAGCGAGAGCGGCAGCGGCGGCUGGAAGUGGAGCGAGAGGCGGAGAAGAAGCGCGAGGCCAAGCAGCGAGCAAAGGAAGCUCAGGAGAGGGAGGUGCGGAAGCGGGAGAAGGCAGAGGAGAAGGAGCGGCGGCGCAAGGAAUAUGAUGCCCUCAAGGCCUCCAAGCGGGAGCAGGAGAAGAAGCCCAAGAAGGAGGCAAACCAGGCCCCAAAAUCCAAGUCUGGCUCCCGCCCCCGCAAGCCACCACCCCGGAAGCAGGCUCGGUCCUGGGCUGUGCUGAAGCUGCUGUUGUUGCUGCUGCUCCUGUGUGUCGGGGGCGGGCUGGUUGCGUGUCGCCUGACGGCACUGCAGCAGCAGCCACUCUGCGCCAGUGUGAACACCAUCUAUGACAACGCCGUGCAGGGGCUGCGGCGCCACGAGAUCCUCCGGUGGGUCCUGCAGGCCGACUCUCAGCAGUGAGCCCAGCCCGGCCCUGCUGCCUCCCAGUCCCAGAGCUUGGAUUCCUAUGGAAUUGGGUUCUGCUGGACACAACCUCUUUUUAGCGUCAGACCUGUCGUCAGCCGCAGCUACCGCUGGUACUGGAAACCCCAUAUGUGGGGCCCCGUUCCCCAGCAGGGCUUCCUGGUGGGGUGAGAAUUGGGAGGUGGGAGGGAGUGACCUGCAUGCCUAAAGGAAUAGGCUUCUCUGUCGGGAGGGAAAACAGCCUUUUCUAGUUACUACAGAAGCUGUCUAAAGGCAAGCUCAUUUCUACUAAAUGGUCAGCUGUCACUACAUUGAUACUUUUGUAUGUCACAGCCCUUUCUUUCAUUCCUCCCUGGGGAACUGGGCAGAUCUGAAGCCAUUGUGUUGCUGGGGGCCAGGGGAUGGCACACUCAGCAAAUCCAGCCUAGGUUGGGGAGGGCUGCACUAGUUUCCUCAAGGACCUCAGACACCCAGGCAUCGUGGCAGCCACACAGCCUCGCUGUGAGAGGGACUUGAGCACUGUCCAGCUAAUGCUCAUGGGCAGAGUGAGGCCUUCCAGGACCCACCUGACGCCUCCCAACCCCUCUAGGUGGAAUGCGAUGCCCGCUCUGUCACUUUCUUUCUUGACAGCAUUUGACCUCCUUUAUAAGCAACCAUUCUAGAACAGAAUUGCCAGAAUUAGGGCUCAGCCGAGUGUAGCCCUACAUGGUAGACAAGUUCGUGAUUCCCAGCAAAGCACCAAGGCUACUUGGGUUGGGCAGCUUCUGGGGUUCAGAGCAGUGACUGCUUGGCUCCCGGGGAGCACAGAGGCGGCCUCUGCAAUGUGGUCCAGUCUGUGACCUUUCUGAGUGCUCAUGCGACAGAAUACCUCAAAGGGAACCUGAAACUCAGCUUCACAGAUAUGAAGCUUUAGAACUAUAGUUCUGGACAUCUAAUGGGAGUGGACAGGAACAGGAGAUGGGGGGAAAACAGGUAGCACCCUGGAGCUGGACAGCGAUCCGUACAGAUGAGCCGCAAAGGGCAGCAGCCCGGUCUGUCCCCAGACCUUCCUGUCCCCACCAUUCACUUUAUACAGCAGCUGGGUGAGGGAUCAAAGCAACUCAGUGCUCACUCUCUGGAGGGAGCAAAUCCUGUCACGGCCAAGACAGAACGGGGUCUGGGUUUUAUUUACAGCGGCCCCUCAGUAACUCUGUUACUCAUGACCGUCCCAAUUUGAAGAAAGGUCUUACCUCCCCGCGGGUAGCUCUGCCCCACAGGUCCACACCUCACUCACUCACCACACAUUUCCUUAGUCUUCCUCCGAGCUCCAGGGCCACAUUCCAAAUGCUUUAUUGAGCUAAAUACAACACGUAUGACAAAGUUGUGGAAACAGCAGUCAGGUUCCUGGGCUGGUCAAGGCAGCACUGUGGCCGACCCAGCCAUGCCAGCCACUCUGACUUCGAGAUUUGAUGCUGAUUCUUUUGGAUUUCUACAGUUAUUAAAUCUGUCGAGUGGUC